GCGCGGAGUUCGGGAAGCCGCCCGCUGAGAAAGGCGGCAAGCGUGUGCUCCUGGAUCUGGCUUAUCCCGAGCAGGCCGGGCCGGCCAGGCUGCGGUCUUGCAAUCUGUUGAUAACUCCACUCUCCAGCCGGCGCUCUGCCCCUGGGAUGGACGACGGCUCCCCAGACCCGGGAACGCGCCCCACCUCUCCGCCAGCCGGAAGCACAGGACUGCGGCCACUCCAGCUCUUUUCGCCAAAAUAGAUGGGGGCGGCCUCUCCCCCGGCACCCACCCCAUCGCCGCGGUCGCCCAGGGCUCGACCCCGCGGCCCCUGCAGGGGAACUUGACCUUCUGGACGGCCAUGGAGGCUGGCGGGGAGCAGGGAGCAACAUAGGCGGCCGGGCCGUUCCACCCCUGCUCACACUUCAGUAACUUCGCUGUGCCCAUGGAUCUGAGGACGGUCCUCUCCCCGCCCCCGGCCCCAGGGGAGCUCCUGCACCCCGUGGUGUAUGCCUGCACGGCCGUCAUGCUGCUCUGUCUGCUGGCCUCCGCCGCCACCUACAUCGUCCACCAGAGCGCCAUCCGGAUCAGCCGCCCUGGCCGGCACACCCUCCUGAACUUCUGUCUCCACGCGGCGCUGACCUUCUCCGCCUUUGCGGGCGGCAUCAACCGCACCAGGUUCCCGACCCUGUGCCAGGCGGUGGGCAUCACGCUGCACUACUCCACACUCUCCACUCUGCUGUGGAUCGGGGUGACCGCCAGGAACAUCUACAAGCAGGUGACCAAGAAGGCCCCGCUGUGCCCGGGGGCAGGCCAGCCGCCGUACCCCAAGCAGCCCCUGCUCAGGUUCUACCUCGUCGGUGGAGGGGCCCCUCUGGUCAUCUGCGGCGUCACGGCCGCCACGAACAUCAGGAACUACGGGAUGGAGGCCGAGGAUGCAGCGUACUGCUGGAUGGCCUGGGAGCCCAGCCUGGGCGCCUUCUACGGGCCGGUGGCCGUCAUCGCCCUGGGCACCUGCGUGUACUUCCUCGGCACCUACGUCCAGCUGCGGCGCCACCCGGAGCGCAGAUACGAGCUCAAGGAGCGGUCGGAGGAGCAGCAGCGCUUGGCGGGCCCCGAGGGCGGCCCCGCGACCCCGGGGGGCGCGCCGCCCGCCCCCGACGGCCUGGCCGCCUCGCUGCUGCAGAACGAGCACUCCUUCAAGGCCCAGCUGCGGGCCGCCGCCUUCACGCUCCUCCUGUUCGUGGCCACGUGGGCCUUCGGGGCGCUGGCCGUGUCGCAGGGCCACUUCCUGGACAUGGUCUUCAGCUGCCUGUACGGCGCCUUCUGCGUGACCCUGGGGCUGUUCGUGCUCAUCCACCACUGCGCCAAGCGCGACGACGUGUGGCACUGCUGGUGGUCCUGCUGCCCCGCCCGCCGGGACCCCCACGCCGCGAAGCUCAGCGCCCGCCCCGCCUUCGACGCCAACGGGGACGCGCUGGGAAACAUGGCCUGCCUGCAGGACUCGCCGUGUCCCGGGAAGGCGCUGGGCUUCGGCCACCCGUCCACCAGCCACUGCAAGAUGACCAACCUGCAGGCCACCCAAGGCCACGUCAGCUGCCUGUCGCCGGCCACGCCCUGCUGCUCCCAGAUGCACUGCGAGCAGCUCCUGGAGGACACAGCCCACGUGCACGAGGGGGACGCCUUCGAGCACGACCCGCACCUGCACGCGUGUGUCCAGGGCAGAACUAAGCCGCACUACUUCAGCCGGCACCGGGCAGCCACGGCCGAGCAGGAAUACGCCUACCACAUCCCGUCCAGCCUGGACGGCAGCCUGCACAGCUCGCGCUCGGAGAGCCCGCCCAGCUCGCUCGAGGGCCCCGUGGGCCCGCACGCGCUGGCCUGCUGCGCCCAGGGCGACCCCUUCCCCCUGGUCAGCCAGCCCGAGGGCGGCGCCCCCAGCCCUGUGCUCUAUAGCUGUCCGCCGCGGCCCGGCAGGGAGGCGGCCCGUGGCCCGGCGCGCCUGGAGAUGCUCCGAAGGACACAGUCGCUGCCCUUCGGUGGCCCCGGCCAGAACGGGCUGCUCAAGGGCGAUGCGCGGGACGCCGCCCCCUUCGGCUCAGACAGCACAGGCAACAUCCGCACGGGGCCCUGGAGGAACGAGACGACGGUGUAGCGGGCAGGGUUCUGUCCCCUUUGCCCCCGCAGCCGGGACCGCCCCAAAGCAGAGCCCUCUGCCCCUGGGGUGGGCGGGGGUCACUGCUCAACACAGCCUUAGCGGACCCCCACCCACCCCUGCCCAGGAAGGACGUGAGAGGGAAGGCGCUCUGGGCCACGGCUGCCUCCACGGAGCCCGCGCUCAGGAGCACCACCCGCGCCCACAGUCACCUGCUUCCAGCCCACAGCGCCCGCCCCUGGCAGCCAUGUGGAGGACCCGCCCUGCGUGCCCGCGUGCACCCGUCUGCCCCCCCUGCUGCCUCGAUGGCCCUGGCCAUGGCAGGAGGCACCACCGACGUCCCCCACUGUCUCACGUGUGCGUUCUGUUAAAGUUCGUUUUUAGACGGGCAGCCUGCCUGUCGGUCCAGAGCGUCAGAGGACUCAGCCCGUUCCUCGGCCCAGGCCGCUGUCUGUUAACCCCAGGCUAGAGAGCAUCACAGAGCCCCGGGCAGCAGCCUCACUCUGGGGACCCUCAGCCUCCUGGGGCCGGCAUGGUCUCCAAGGGGUCUGUGCCCUGGAAACACCCACCACACGUCCUCUAAUGUCCACUUGACUUCUGAAGCCAGGCGCCGUCGGGACCGGGGC